AUGGAGUUCGUUGACAAGGCGGUGAGCGCUGCAACGAGAGCGGCGAAGAACAACACGGUGAUAAACGUGUGCCUGGUAGGCUCGUUCAUCGCGCUGAGCGUAAGGUCGGUGAAGCAGCAAAACGACAUCAAAUCGCUGGAGGCGGAGAAGGCGUCGCUCAUAAAAUCGAACAAGGGUGCGAAGCAGACCAUGUGGGACUGGAAGCAGCAGCUGUACGCCGAGGCCUCCUCCACUGACGCCGCCGUUUUGGUCCCUCUCGCCAGACUCAAAGCCAUUUACGGCGAAGCUCCCGUUGCCCAAAUUGAGGCUGUGAAGGAAGAAUCAAAAUCUGCUGCCUCCAAAUUUGUGGUCUGA